AUGGCGUCCCCCUUCCCAGUGGCAUUGCCCGUGUCCGACACACGGGCCCACAACGACUCGGCCUCGGUGCUCAUGAAGGUCACUACAGAGACUGCUCGUAAGAACGAAAAGAUCUUGCCAAAAGACGGCGAGCCAAACAUCCUCGUCACCUCUGCGCUUCCCUACGUCAACAACGUCCCACAUCUCGGCAACAUCAUCGGCUCCACAUUGAGCGCAGACGUCUACGCUCGUUACUCGCGAACAAGGAAUCGCAACACCCUCUACAUCUGUGGUACCGACGAAUACGGCACCGCUACCGAAACGAAGGCGUUGGAGGACGGCGUGACACCGCAGCAACUUUGCGACAAGUACCACGCACAGCAUGCUCAGGUCUACGAAUGGUUCCAGAUCGGCUUUGACCACUUUGGCCGCACCACCACUCCCAAGCAGACCGAGAUCGCCCAGGAUGUCUUCCUUAAAUUGCACAAGAACGGCUACCUUGAGGAGCGAACCAUGACCCAGCUCUUCUGCGAAAAGUGCGUCCGCUUCCUCGCCGAUCGAUACGUAGAGGGAGAAUGCCCGCGGUGUGGAUACGAUGAUGCGCGUGGAGACCAGUGCGACAAGUGUGGUCAGCUCUACGACGCUGUCGAGCUCGUCAAGCCUCGAUGCAAGCUGUGCUCAUCGCCGCCAGUUCAGAAGGACUCGACGCACAUGUUUAUCCGCAUCGACGAGCUGCAGCCGUUGACCGAGAAGUGGGCUAGGGAGCAGGCGCAGAAGGGUGGAUGGAGCUCCAACGGCAAGCUCAUCACCGAGAGCUGGUUCAAGGAAGGUCUCAAGCCUUUCAGCUUGACGCGUGAUCUCAAGUGGGGUGUCCCCGUCCCUAUCAAGGGCAUGGAGGACAAGGUGCUUUACGUGUGGUUCGACGCUCCUAUCGGAUACCCGAGCAUCACCGCCAACUACACCGACGACUGGGAAAAGUGGUGGAAGAACCCGGACAACGUCAAGCUGUACCAGUUCAUGGGCAAGGACAAUGUCCGUUUCCACACGGUCAUCUUCCCAUCCUGUCUCAUUGGCAGCAAGGACCCUUACACGCUGCUGCACCACAUCAACACGACCGAGUAUUUGCAGUACGAGGGAGGCAAGUUUUCCAAGUCGAGGAACAUCGGUGUCUUUGGAGACAAGGCUCGCGAUCUUGGACUCUCGGCUUCGGUGUGGCGAUACUACUUGCUCGCCAACCGUCCCGAGACGGCAGACAGUCAGUUUGCGUGGCGCGACUUUAUCGCGCGUAACAACUCGGAGCUGCUCGCCAACCUAGGCAACUUCUGCAACCGUGUGUUGACGUUCAUGAAGAAGUAUGACUACACCAUCCCCGCCAUCCCCUCGGAUUCGGAGCUGCGAACGUUCAAGGACGGGCCUGUCAAGGCGGCUGGCGAAGUGGCGGACGACGCAUCUUCCAGCGUCAUCUCCCGCUUUGCACGCGACGUCAACCACAUCCUGGGUCAAUACAUUUCCUCCAUGGAAGCGGUCAAGAUCCGAUCUGGAUUGCAGCACAUGAUGGCCCUGUCUGCACGAGGAAACCUCUUCCUCGUCGAAUCGCACUUUGACAACACCCUCUUCACCGAGUCGCGUGCACGAUGUGACGAGGUCAUGAUCGUAGCGCUCAACCUCAUCUGGCUGCUCUCGUCGCUCAUCCAUCCAUUCAUGCCCGAGACCUCGGACGCCAUCUUGAAGCAGCUCGACGCGCCACCACGCGCCAUCCCCGAAGACGGGCAGUUCCACCUCGACCUCCUUCCCGGACACAAGAUCGGCAAAGCCGCUCACCUGUUCAAGCAGAUCGAUCCCAAGCAGGAAGAGAUCUGGCGAGUUCAGUUCGGCGGCGGCUCCGAAGCCAAGACGGAGGAAGCUCCGAAGAUGAGCAAAAAGCAGGCCAUGAAGGCGGCCAAGGCGGCGAAAAAGCAACUCGAAGCGAGCAAGCCUCAGGUGAAGAACAAGACCCCGGAACUGAUCGCACUGGAACACAAGGUUGCGCUCGAAGGUGAACAGCUGAAGCAGCUGAAGGAGAAGGUCAAGAAGGCUAGUUUGGCCGAGGACAAGGCUAAGUUGGAGAUCGAGGUGGAUGGACAGUUGGCGAGUUAUUUGGUGCUCAAGAAGCAGAUGGAGGAGUUGACCGAGUCGUUGGCCAAGUUGGAGGUUGAGGGUGAGGGUGCUGGUGCACAGUAG